AUGUAUAAGGGCUUGAGUAACCAGGGCUAUAUGUCUCCUCUCUUCAGCCUUUGGCUCCAUGAGCACCAAGGGCAGGACAGAACUUUUCUUUCAGGCAAAAUCAUUGGGGGCCGGGAAGCUGUGCCUCAUUCUCAUCCCUACAUGGCAUUUCUUCGUAUCCAGACUCUAAACACAACAGAACGAUGUGGGGGUUUCCUUGUAUGUGAAGACUUUGUUGUAACGGCAGCCCACUGCUGGGGAAGUUCCAUCAAUGUCACCCUGGGGGCCCACAAUAUCAAAGAGAAAGAGAGGACCCAGCAGAUCAUCCCUGUAAAAAAAGCCUUCCCCCAUCCAGAUUACAACAGCAACUAUUUCAAUGACAUCAUGUUACUGCAGUUGGAAAAGAAGGCCAAGCUGACUGCUGAAGUGAGCCUCCUCAAGUUACCCUCAGAAAAUUCCCAGGUUAUACCAGGGAUGGUGUGCACUCUGGCGGGUUGGGAACGCAGUGGCCAAAACAUAUCCACAACGAAACUGCAUGAGGUACAGCUUGAAAUCCAAAAGGACAAGGAAUGUCUCUCUCGUUUCAAAGAACCAUACAACUCCACCAUCCAUAUUUGUGUGGGGAACCCAAAAGAGAAGAAGGCUUCUUUUAAGGGAGACUCAGGAAGUCCCUUUGUGUGUAAAAAUGUGGCCCAGGGCAUUGUGUCCUUUGGGCAAAAGGAGGGGACACCUCCAAGUGUCUACACCAGGAUCUCAAGCUUUCGAUGCUGGAUUAAAAAAACAAUGAAAUUCUUCAAACUCCAGGCACAAGACUGA